AUGAUCAACAAGAGGAAGAGCUCUUGUGUCACUCGGAAAGCCAUUGAGUUUGUUCCAGCAGGAGGGAGGUUUAAGGAGGUGAAGAGGUCGAAAGUCAGUGAGUUUGGGAUUCUGAGUGGGGCCACUGAUUGGAUAGUAUUAGCAGACCUGGAUGAGCAGCUGAAAUUCCCGUCGGAUAUAGCAACGACCAGAUUAAGACCAGAUUUGGUUCUUUUCUCGAAAGCUUCCAAGAGAGUAAUCUGGUGGGAGCUUACAGUACCGUCGGAAGAGAGAAUAGCUGCAUCCCAUGAGCUGAAGCUUGAUCGGUAUAACAGUCUACAAGCGGAAAUACAAGCUAAUGGGUGGUCAUGUUUCAGCUUUGCUGUUGAGGUUGGUGCUAGAGGUGUUGUCGCAGCAAGUUUGGAGUGUGCAUCAAGGAAGAUUGGUCUGACUGGGAGAGCCCUCAAGAAGUUGGUCAGAGAUUGUGGGAAGGAUGCAGCCCAUUGUUCAAGAUGGAUUUAUCUGCUGUCUAGGAAAAGAGAGUGGGAGAUGAGAGCUGUUUGA